GUUGAAAAGCUACCAUUGUGCACUAAUUAGAAUUUCACAGUUUAAUGGCUGAAACAGGCACUCUGUCUCUUGAAGCAAUCAACAGCUUUUUGAAAGAUAUUCAGCAUGGAGAUCUACCAGAUAUGGAUAAGCUUGUGUACAAGUGUGGUCUGAAAUCAUCUCAGAACUUUAAAGAUGUGCUGAUGUGCUCGAAUCGACAUGGUGAUACUCCGUUGUUACUGGCAGCUCGUCAUGGUCAUACAGAGAUGUUGAGAACUAUUCAUGAGGAGUAUGACGUUUCUCUAGAUCACUGUAAUAAAGAUGGGAAGAGAGCGCUACACGAAGCAGCCCAGAAUGGCCAAACUGAAUGUGUACGAUAUCUCAUAGAAGCUGGUUCCACUCUAGACUGUCUGAAGAAAGCAGACUGGACUCCUCUGAUGCUGGCUUGUACCAAAGACAGCCUGGACAUUGUGCAGACGCUAGUGAGCUAUGGAGCAUCUCUGUUACUAAGAAACAAGGACGGCUGGAACCCAUUUCACAUAGCCUGUCGGGAGGGCCAUAUUGCCGUGGUGAGCUUACUGCUGAGCAGCCAUCCUGGGUCAGAGCAUUGGGACACUGUUAGUAAUAAUGGGAGGACUCCUCUCCACACAGCUUCACUACACGGGAGGGUAGAUAUCAUGAAGUUAUUGAGAGAAAGAUGUAGCUAUGACGCCAAUAGACAGGACAGCUGUGGAAUCACUCCACUACUGGACUCUGCCAGAGGCAAUAACUCAGAUGCUACAAGCUUCUUACUGGAGUGUUGUGGUGCUCGGAUAGACAUGGUAGACAGCCUGGGGAGGCAAGCCAUCCAUCACGCUGCUCAAGCUGGGGCUAUCAACUCUUUGCAAUGUCUCAUAGACCAUGGUGCUGAUGUGAACAAGACUGCUAGCAUUAAUGCUAUAACACCUUUGCACUAUGCAUCCAAGGAAGGUCAGUCAGAGGCAGUGUCUCUGUUGCUACAGUGUGGGGCUGACCCUUCCCUCCGAGACAAGAGAGGAAGAACAGCACUGGAUUUGGCAAGAAAUGCAAGAGAAGGCACACAAACUGUUGCAUUACUAGAAACUGAACUAGUACAGAAUUAAGAAAGCGUUUUGGGAAAAGGUCGUCGUUACGACUAACUCUGUUUACACAAACUCUCUUGGUAUGUGGUUCAACAAAUAAAAAUUUUUUUUCAACAAUAA